AUGAAGCCUCUUCCCCUCCCUGGGUCCACCAGCUCCCGGAGAAGCCGGACACUCAUGCUGUUUCUCUUCCUUGCCUUGGAGCUGACUUCAGCAUUUUACACCAUCAAAAUCAAACAAAAAGUGGGAGAGUGCCCCAGGAAGGAGAUGGACUGCCCGAAUAGGGGUGUGACCUCCUGCACAACAGACUUCAACUGCGAGGCCCAUCUCAAGUGUUGCUAUUUUGCCUGUGGGAGGAUGUGCAUGGAUCCUUAUGAAGAACCCUGCAUGUUGCCCUUGGAGGCGGGGAACUGUGAUGGCAAUGAAAACCGAUGGUAUUUUGACUCCGAGAGGCAACAGUGCAGGUCCUUUAAGUUCACUGGAUGUCAUGGGAAUGUGAACAACUUCCUCAGCAAGUCUGACUGCAGGAAGGCUUGCAUACUGAUUGUGAAGAAGGGUCAGUGCCCCCUCUUCCCUCUCCAAACGCGGAUGGAGUGCCCCUCGUCCUGUAAGAAUGACAUGGAUUGCCUGGAGAAGGAAAAGUGCUGUGAGUCCCGGUGUGGCUUUGUUUGUGCCAAAGCCUGGCUAGUCAAAACAGGUUUUUGCCCGCUUAAGCCCAUGAAGUGCUCCAAGAUUGACAGGCCCCUGUGCCUUCAUGACAGUGACUGCCCACUGGACCAGAAGUGCUGCAGCCGCUGUGGACUGAAGUGCUUGGAGGCCAGACACUGA